UUCAUUACCAAUGGUGUGGUAAAAAAGAAUGCUCUCUAUUGGGAAAAACUUAAAGGACAUACUAAACUCUAUGAGAGACAUUUUCUUUCAUCUUAAAGGUUGAUUAUGUAUGUAUUAUGAGAAACAACUCUAAUAUUAAAUUAUAUGGUUUAAUUAAGUAAUGGAUGACAAUUAGUUAUAUUAAUUUCUUUUUUUAUUCAAUAAUUAUAAGUAAUACUUAUAUUAUAUUUUUCUCUUUUCAUGGAGGUCUAGACAUAUUAUGCGUAGCUAGAUUACUUUAAAAAUGUUAUGUGGAUAACUAAGUUAGAAAACAAUCAUUUUGUGAAUUUCAAAUCCUCUAUUAUAUAUCCAUUAUUAUAUAUCAUAUUUCUCGAUAAAAUUCUUCCGGCCAACGGGCCGGGUUCUGUGCUAGUGGAAUUAACCUAUUUUUGUUGGUUAAGCUAACCGUAGGGAAAUUAUCUAACCGAGUAAUUUAGAUUGGGCUUAGAAGAGGAAAGCACCCGGCAUGACUGGGCCUCGGUGGGCUAAUCAUGUUUGAUGGAAGUCUAACUCAACCCGAAGCCCAAUACUCAUCUUCCUUCUAUGGCACUUUUCAAAAUUUGAGUUUCUUCGCUAAUUUCGUGCCCCGCCUGUUCCUCUGCCCAUCUCUAAUUAAUCCCCUUUGGACUGCGAGUUGAAUUAGGUCCUCAACGGAAAAACUCCGGUACAGCAGAGAUGUCGGCGAAGCAACGGAAAGCCGGAAAGAAGACCAUCACCAAACCGCCGCCGGAGAAGGAGAUCAUCAUUCUUUCCGAUUCGGAGAGCGACGGUGGAACUCCAGUACGACCCGUAUUCUGCCUCAACGUCAAGAACGGCACGGACUUGCGCAAGUUCGACGCCAUUGAGGACUGCUUCAUCCUCGAUUUCGACCCUUACGAUCAACCCGCCUCCGAUCAGAAAGUCAAGAACUUCACCCCGGACGCCGACAUCGCACUGAUUUCCGAAAAGGGUCAGGUGGCUUGUAGAGAUUAUCCCCAUGCCAGGCAUCUAUGUGCAGAGUUCCCCUUCAACAAGACCCCACACCAGAAAUACUGCUCCAGGUGUUACUGCUACGUUUGUGAUACGGCUGCUCCCUGCGCGUUAUGGGAAGUGGGGAAAUCGCCGCAUUGCCAUGCCAUGGGCCAGGUCGCUGCUUGGCAGGUGGAAAGAGACAAGAUGCGACAUCGACGAAUCUUGGGCUCCAAUAAUCGAUUGCUUUGUUAGUUAGAAAGGACGCUGGUGAUUUUGGUUCACUCCUGUUGUUCAAAGAUCACUGCUUUUGAGUAGCUUCAUCCAGAGCUCUGACUUAAAUGGAAGGCCGGCUGGGUCUCAUGGUAGAAUUUGACUUCACCCUUUUUGUUUCUGUUGGUUUCCUCUAGCCAGCAGCAGAUGGUUUCAUGAUGAGAAUUUUGAGAUCACCCAGCCGUGGCAUUGUCAAUCUGGCUCUGUCUCUAGUUAAGGGAAAGCUUGUUUUGGUAAUGGAUAUUCGUCUGUCCUUUUUUGUAUCUGCUACUUGCAGCCAGUCGAAGAUACGAUGGUCCUUCUGUUUUAAGGUACUUCCAUGCUUUGUUCAUAAAAUUGCAGGCUCUUGAGGUGUUUUUCCUCUAUACAUUUGGCUUCGAAUGGCUACUGGCUACUGGUUUUUCCUCUCGCCUUGGCUACAGUUUACAAACACAAACUUCCCCCCCCCCCCCCCGAACUAAUAAGAUCCACUUGGUUUCUGACAUCCAAACAUGGCGAUUGCAGUAAGACAAGACAUUCACCUUGGUUUCAAGUGGUUAGUCGAGUGGAAAUGUCUGCAACAUUGAGAUCAUUGAUAGUUGGCAAAAACUACUGAGCUUCUGCUUUCCAGUGGACAGCUCAUAGUCUUUUAACUUUCUACUGUACCAUCAAACCACUUUCUGCCUGCAAAAUAAUCAUCUCUUUAGAGU